AUGCUGAAGACAGAGCUUUUGUUUUGCAAAAGCAAGGUGUACUUACACCCUACUACAUCGAAAAAGGAUAAUGUCUGUGGGUUUUUGAGUCUUACUCGAGACGAUAAUGCGCCUCCGACGGACAUUCGCCUCAACUUCACUCCAGAAGCAUCCUUGUCCCUGGAGGAAUUGGCCAUCUACGAGGAAGUGGAUGUGUCGUGCAUGCCAGGGCAGCAACCAAAGAAGGUCUACCGUGUGGCAAAACCGUCGUCAGGCUACUACAGUCAGCUGUGGCCGCUUCUGUUUGUAUACCUGAUCCAGUUCCGCCAACCUAGUGUUGGCCUCUGGUACGGCCUGAUUGUUGUCAAUACCAAGGAUGGCAACCGAGUUAUUUUGUUUUUUCACGAUGACGAGUCGCCUCUGACGAAACAGGGUGAGAAGCAACGCAAUAAAGAUUUUGACCCCUUCGGUAGCGAUGGUGGGCUCUACUGGGGAGGUGUUGAUUUCAAAGAGGCAUUGUCAAAGUAUAUUAACAUAGCCCAGAGUGUGGAAAAACUGGUGUGGCUUGUUAACCCUGGUAGCGAUGAUUUGCGCAAUUUCUCGCCCUUUAUCAAUCCUCCUGAAGAUGACAAAGCAAAGUCAAGUAAUACCUCGACUGACGCUGCCAUUGAGUUUCCCGACUUUGGAAAAAUGUUUACCCAAGCGAAAUGGAAAGUCUUGGAAACGAUAGCUACAUUGGGGGCCAAAACACGUAACAAUGUCAUUGACUUAUAUGAUGAGCACGCCCCAACUCCGAUAAAACAACUUGUGAAACCGGAGAUGAUCACCGAGUUUAAUGACACUACACGUGUCUACUUGGCUAAGUGGGCUCAACAAGUUAAGGAAGAAGCCGAACAAAAUCAAAUGGUUCUUAGUGACGACAUUUACCGGAAGAUCGAAAAGGAAUUGGGUGGCGAGAUAUUGACUGAUGAGGAGAUUAGCAAGACCAAUAGACGGUCGCCAAUUUGCAAACAGGAAUGGGACCUGUUCUUCGAUCGUGAUGGCCAUUUGGCAAUCCCGAUCAGCGAAGUGAAAGAGCGUAUUUUCCAUGGUGGCUUAGCGCCCGAGGUACGUAACCCUGGUUGGUUAUUCUUGUUGGGUGUAUACCCUUGGGAUCUGAACCUGGAAGAGCGACAACAAUUGCGAAACAGUUACGAACUGGCUUAUCACGAUUACAAAAAGCAGUGGUUGGGUGACGACGAAUUGAGGGCAACUGAGUAUUGGCGUGACCAAAAGCACCGCAUCGAGAAGGACGUCCAUAGAACAGAUCGCCAGCUUGAUUUGUUCAAGCGAAAAAAGCCCAAUCAAACGGAAUCGAGAGAGUCGUCUCCGGAGACGCCUGAUAUCUCAGACAAUGAAGAUGAAGUCGACAUUGCCAACAUUGCAAACCCCCAUUUGUACGCUAUGCGUGAAAUCUUGCUUACUUAUAACCAGUAUAAUACCAAUUUGGGCUAUGUUCAAGGCAUGACCGACUUACUUCUGCCUAUUUACGUGGAAAUUCGCGACGAGUCUUUGGUAUUCUGGGCGUUUGCCAAAUUCAUGGAACGCAUGGAGCGUAACUUUUUGCGUGAUGCUUCCGGCAUGAAACAACAGAUGCUGACGUUGACUCAACUUUUACAAUUUAUGUUGCCGCAGUUAUACGCUCAUUUGGAGAAGUGUGAAUGCAGCGAUUUAUUUUUCUUCUUCCGCAUGUUGUUGGUGUGGUUCAAACGUGAGUUGAAAUGGAACCAAAUUGGACCUUUGUGGGAAACGUUGUGGACUGAUUAUUAUAGCUCACAAUACCACUUGUUCGUGGCGCUUGCGAUCUUGCUGGACAAUGAACGUAUCAUACGCCAAAACUUAGUUCGUUUCGAUGAAGUACUCAAGUACAUGAACGACUUGGCAUUGAGUUUGAACAUCAACACUAUUUUGAUCAGAGCGGAAUUGUUAUUUCUCAAGUUCCGUCGCAUGGUAGAUAUCAUCGAUCGGGAAAACAGCUUACGGUUGAUGAACGCUCUGCCAUAUCAAAGAGAGUCCGGUCAAGUAGACACGGUGACAAUCAGUGAUGACUUACGCCGAUUGCUCUCAAAGGACAUGGUAAUUCAAAAAGAGGGACCACGCCCUGAAGGUGCUCUUGGGGGCUGA